CUCCUUCUAACUGUGAUGUCCUAUGACAGAUAUCUGGCCAUCUGCAAUCCCCUGCGUUAUUCUUCACUAAUGAGCCAUAGAGUCUGCAUUACAUUAAUUGCCAUGUCAUGGCUGCUUGCCCUUAGCUUUAUACCAGUUACCAUGAUCCCUUUAGCUACACAAGAGUUCUGCAACCAUAAUUCCAUUAACCAUUUCUUCUGUGAUUUAUUUCCUCUCCUGGAACUUUCCUGCUCAGACACCUCCUUGGCACAGAUACUGGCAAUGGCACUAACUGUCCCUGUAAUUCUUUUCCCCUUCAUGUUCAUCAUUGGAUCCUAUAUCUGUAUUGCCCAUGAAAUCCUAAAGAUAGUGUCCAGUAUUGGGAGACAAAAAGCCUUCUCCACCUGCAGCUCCCACUUGGCCGUGGUCUCCAUAUUUUAUGGGACUCUCAUUGGUAUUUAUGUGGUUCCCACAAGAAACCAGUUACAGACCAUUAGCAAACUCCUUUCCCUUUUAUACACUGUAGUGACUCCUUUUAUUAACCCAAUGAUUUACAGCUUGAAAAGUGCAGAUAUGAAAAAUGCU